GUGAAGUAAUAUUUCUAUACUAACAAGAAUUAAAAUAUGGAGAUCGCUGUUCAUCCAUUAACAAAAAAUCCUACUGAUGCUUGGAGGGAAAUUUCCCAACAUCAGAAAGUUAUUAAAAUUAAUGUUAAGACUCCAACAAGCGAGUCUCCUACAGAUAAGCUUCGAAUUGUUUGUAUGAGUGACACACAUUCUUUGACUCAGUACAUAAACUUUGACAUUCCUAAAGGAGAUGUUUUCAUUCAUGCUGGAGAUUUCACUAAGUGUGGAAGUCUGAAAGAAGUUAUAGAUUUUAAUAAUUGGAUAGGUAAACUUCCUCACAAACACAAAGUAGUCAUUGCAGGAAAUCAUGAACUCAGUUUCGAUCCUACUUUUACACGACCAACCAUUAUUCAAGGCAGUAUGGAUCUUCACAAAACCACAGGAACUAGUGUAUUUGAUAGCAUACCAACUUUAGGAAUGUCCAAAGAUGUCUUAAAUGAAGCUAUACAAACAAAUGAUGUAAAAGCUCAUUUAACUAAUUGCACGUACUUAGAAGAUUCGGAAAUAAUUAUUUCUGGCAUAAAAAUUUAUGGUACACCAUGGCAACCAGAAUUUUGCAAAUGGGCUUUCAACUUGCCACGUGGAGAAUCCUGUUUGUCUAAGUGGAAUAUGAUUCCCGAUGAUACUGAUAUACUAGUAACGCACACUCCACCCGUUGGUCAUGGUGAUCUAUGUUGCAGCGGCGUUAGGGCUGGUUGCGUAGAUUUGCUGAGUACAGUUCAAAAUAGAGUAAAACCAAAGUACCACGUGUUUGGUCAUGUACAUGAAGUUGACAAGGGUCUCAGGCGAUAUUUUCAGGGCUAA